AGGAAAGACCGGGCUAAAAGUCUGCAGGAGGAGCACGCGGGACUGCUGCACGAGGCCAGGGGCAUCGCUGUGAUUGUCGGGAACACGAGCCGGUCCUAAAGGCGAAACUUGGGAGAUCCCAGACCAUGAACGGAGAAAUGAACGGCUAUCACAACGGCUUCAUUGAUGAAGACUGUUUCUUAUUCACCUCCGAGUCGGUGGGAGAGGGACAUCCGGACAAGAUCUGUGACCAGAUUAGUGAUGCCAUCCUCGAUGCCCAUCUUAAACAAGACCCAGAUGCCAAAGUGGCUUGCGAAACAGUAGCUAAGACCGGGAUGAUCCUGCUGGUAGGAGAAGUGACAUCUCGCGCUGCCGUGGACUACCAGAAGAUUGUCCGGGACACUGUCAAGCACAUCGGCUAUGACGACUCGUCUAAAGGCUUCGAUUAUAAGACCUGCAACGUGCUGGUGGCUUUGGAGCAGCAGUCUCCAGACAUUGCCCAGGGAGUUCACUUGGACCGUAACGAGGAGGAUGUUGGCGCAGGGGAUCAGGGUCUGAUGUUUGGCUAUGCCACAGAUGAAACGGAAGAGUGCAUGCCCCUCACCAUCAUUCUGGCCCAUAAGCUUAAUGCCAAAAUGGCUGAACUGCGUCGCAACGGUGUCCUGCCCUGGCUUCGACCGGACUCCAAGACCCAGGUGACUGUCCAGUACAGGCAGGACCAUGGUGCAAUGCUGCCAGUGCGUGUGCACACUAUAGUGAUCUCGGUGCAGCACGAUGAGGACAUUUGCCUGGAUGAAAUGCGUGAUGCUCUGAAGGAGAAGGUGGUUAAAGCAGUGGUACCUUGUGUUUAUCUGGACGAUGACACCAUUUACCACCUGCAGCCGAGCGGACGUUUUGUCAUCGGAGGACCUCAGGGCGAUGCUGGAUUAACGGGUCGUAAGAUUAUUGUCGACACGUACGGAGGAUGGGGCGCCCACGGUGGAGGGGCUUUCUCUGGGAAAGAUUACACCAAAGUCGACCGCUCAGCUGCCUACGCUGCCCGCUGGGUGGCCAAGUCUCUGGUGAAAGCCGAACUCUGCAGGCGUGUGCUCGUACAAGUGUCCUAUGCAAUUGGCGUGGCUCAUCCUCUGUCCAUCUCCAUUUUUCAUUAUGGCACAUCAAAGAAGAGUGAGAAGGAGCUGUUAGAGAUUGUAAGGAAGAACUUUGACCUUCGUCCAGGAGUCAUUGUGAGGGAACUGCAGCUGAAGAAGCCCCUUUACCAGAGGACAGCUGCAUACGGCCACUUCGGCCGUGACUCCUUCCCAUGGGAGAUUCCCAAAAAGCUGCAGUACUAAAGUGCUGUUAGACCUCCCCUCUUGAGGCCUGCUGACGUAAACUACAGAGAAGUCUGCAUAGCUGCAAGGGGGGAUGUGGGGGUCGGGGGGGUUUGGGGGUUGAAAAUGCUUAAUUCUACAGAUAUAUUCACACAUCCUGUAGAUUUUAAUUAAUAACCAAUGCAUAGUUCAUCAGGCAACGAGGUGUAUUUAUAAUGAAUGAACUAUUAACGACUCAUCACAAUUUAAACAUUUAUCCUUAACAGGAUUAAACACUUGCGCACACGCGCACACACAAAUUGUCAUUGGAAGAUAAAAAAACAAUCGUUUGCUAUUCUUAGGUGUGAAUCUUUCCAUGAAUACGAAUUGCUAAUACCACUAAUAAUCGCUAUGGAAACCCGUGCCGCAGUCUGCACGCAGAAGUCUUUCUUGUGGGAGUAGGCAAAUGUCCCCACAAUGUCAAAACCAUCAGAUAUUCAUGUUUGAGAAAAAACAUACACAUAAACCCAGACUCAGCCAAGCUGCUUCCUUUCCGAUUUUUCAAACUGUACUGCAGACAAAACAUGGUGCUUAUGUAAGGAAAAUGAAACUGUAGUUCUAGUUUUUUUUAACAGGCAUUUUCUCACUCAUUUUUUUUUUUUUUUUUACUUUGUUUUGUUGAGACUGAAAAUGUGGCUAGUGUUUUACAGAGAAACUAGCCUUGUUUACAUGCAGUCUCACAUGUCCCAGGUGUCUUUUACUCUUUAUUUGAUCCUGUUCUUUUAUUUAUAUCAAUGAACAAUAAAAUAUUUUGCGUUCUCCCAA